GGGCGACGACCCGGGACGUGGGGCUGGAGGACAUGCCCUGAGUAAUCCUUGCUGCCCUACGGGUGGUUCGAGGUUGGAGCCAGAGAGGGGAGCCGUCUCGGACCUGGUCAUAGAAAAAGCUUCUGAGCUUUAAAAGAAGAGCUUCCCCAGGAUCUGUCCUGCUUCCAGACCUGCAGCGUCAUGAGGGCUGUGGUGACUCUGGUGUCCCUGCUCCUCCUGGGCGCCCAGGCCCAACACGAGUGGUCCUAUUCAGAGGGGGGACUGGAAGAGGACCUCUGGCCGCAGGAAUACCCGGCCUGCGGGGGACACAGGCAGUCGCCCAUUGACCUGCAGCAUAAUAAGGUGCGCUUCAACCCGGCUUUGAAGGCGCUGAACCUGACGGGCUACCAGGAGGACCGUGGGGACGAGUUGACCAUGAUCAACAAUGGCCACACAGUGCAGAUCAACCUACCUCCUACCAUGCGCAUGAUGGCCCCUGAUGGCACCGAGUAUGUCACCAAGCAGAUGCACUACCACUGGGGUGGUGGGUCCUCAGAGGUCAGCGGCUCCGAGCACACCAUUGAUGGGAUCAGACAUGUGAUCGAGAUCCACGUUGUCCACUACAAUGCGAAAUACGACAGCUACGACAUAGCCAAGGACGCAUCGGAUGGCCUGGCCGUCCUGGCAGCCUUUGUGGAGGUCAAUGAGUAUGCUGAGAACACUUACUACAGCACCUUUAUCUCCCACUUGGCCGACAUCAGGUACCCAGGACAAAGAACAAUUCUGAGAGGCCUUGACAUUCAGGACAUGCUGCCCAGGGACCUCUACCACUACUACACCUACGAGGGGUCGCUCACCACUCCCCCCUGCACGGAGAAUGUCCACUGGUUUGUGCUGGCAGAUUCCGUCAAGCUCUCCAGGUCUCAGGUGUGGAAGCUGGAGAACUCCCUGCUGAACUUCCGGAACGACACCCUGCACAACGACUACCGCAAGACCCAGCCCCUGCACCGCCGCGUGGUGGAGGCCAACUUCCAGUACUUCCCCAACCAGCGCUCUGAGUUCAGGUUUUACCUAAACGAGAUCAACGACAACCUCGAGUACUUGGUAAGAACUUUUGAACAGAGGGAAGCUAAGUCAAGAAACCGGCAUUAACCAGCUGGAAGCAAGAGCUAGGGCAGGAAUGGUGGACUUUCCCUGUGGACUCCCCCUGCCCUGUCUCUAAGAAACCCUGUGGGUCUGAAGCAUGUCUCUUGCUGAGGCACCCAUUGAGUUCCUGAUCUACAUGCCAGAAACCAUCAUCCAUGAAAGAAAGUGAGAUGAUUCAAGUGAACAAGGACAUAUUGGACUUAGAAAAUUGUUCACUUUUAUCUAAAUUAGAAACUUCCU